AUGGCCAAGCCUGACAACCUCCCCGAAAUGGAGUACCGCUUCCUGGGCCGGUCCGGGCUCCAGGUGUCGGCCAUCUCGCUGGGCGGGUGGUUGACGUACGGCGGGCACGUCGACCGCGAGGGCACUUUCGCGUGCAUGAAGGCGGCCUAUGACUGCGGCGUCAACUUUUUCGAUUGCGCAGAGGGCUACGCGGACGGUGAGUCGGAGCGCGUCAUGGGCGAGGCCAUCCGCAAGUUUGGCUGGAAGCGGAAUGACCUGGUGAUUUCGACCAAGCUCUACUGGGGCGCCGCCUUUAGCGACCGCAAGAUCAACAACGUUGGCCUCUCCCGCAAACACGUCAUCGAAGGCAUGGACGCCUCACUCAAGCGUCUCGGCCUGGACUACGUCGAUCUGAUCUACGCGCACCGUCCCGACCGACACACGCCCAUGGAAGAGAUCGUGCGCGCCUUCAACCACCUCAUCAACACCGGCAAAGCUCUCUACUGGGGUACAUCAGAGUGGGACGCAGAUGAGAUCGCGUCAGCCUGGCGCUGGGCCGACAAGCUCAAUUUGAUCGGACCCCUGAUGGAACAACCUCGCUAUAACAUGCUCGAGCGCUUCCAGGUAGAGCGCGAGUAUGCACACUUGUAUCGCGAGGUUGGCCUGGGGUUGACCGUUUUCUCGCCCAUGAGGCAGGGGAUCUUGUCGGGGAAAUACAAGAAUGGGAUUCCGGAGGGGAGUCGGUUCGCGCAGACACAGGUUGAGUUUAUUGCCGGGUUUUGGAAGCAGACCGGCAAGGAGGAGUGGCAGGCUAUUAUUGAGCAGGUCAAGAAGCUGGAGCCGAUUGCUGAGAGACUGGGGGUUAAGCAGAGCGUGCUGGCGCUGGCGUGGGUGCUGGCAAACCCGAACGUCAGCUCUGCUAUCACGGGAGCGAGCAGUCCGGAGCAGAUCUAUGAGAAUAUGGAGGCGUUGAGGGUGUACAAGAAACUGACGCCCGAGAUCAUGGCCGAGAUCGACGAGGUGCUGAACAACAAGCCACCGGAAGUGAUGAUGCGGUUUCCGUAG